UAUGUGUAAUUGGGGUGCGUAUUGUGCCGAAGGAUAGCAGUAGAAGACCAUAUAUGCACGUGUCAAUGCGCUUUAAGCUAUCGAAAAAAAUCAUCUCCAAGAGAGGAUUCAGUAACUCCUCUGGUGUGAAUUGUGAGGUUGUGCGGAGAAGAGCGCUACAGGAUCUUUCAGUGUAAUAUCCAGGAUUUGGGUUCAUUUCGGAUUUUCAGACCGCCGUUCUACAUUGACAGAGAGUGCUGUGGUUCCUACGGUCAUUGUUGGGAGUGAGGAAAGCGCCCGUGGCGGUGACGUCCGCAGUGAAAUCUAGUGGCCAGUGUUGUGCACAGUGUUACUUGUGUCAUUGCAGUGUUUCUCUUACAAAAAUGUGGGUGGUGUAAAGCGAGGGUGGCAGGUGCCGCGGGCGGUGCCAUGGGUGGCAGGUAGCACCGCGGCGCGGGUGUGUCGCGGGAGUGGGUGGGCGUAAUGGCCCCCGCCCUUACUCAAGCGUCGGACCCGCAGACGUUUCACGUGACUGCCCACCACCACUCUCCUGCUCGCCCUGGCGAGGCUCCGUCGAGCCGCAGUAGCCCUCCGCCCACCGCCCACCUUGCGCUGCAGUAUGGUGGGCUGAAGGAGCCUCACGACUGCACGGACGCCCACCUCGCCGCGGCCCUUACGAACGGCACGCGUCGCGCCCGCCUUCUGCCGCCCUCGCCUGUAGGCGCGGGUGGGUUGGCGUGCGGGCGGGAGGGCUGUGACCCUCCGCCACGCCCCCACGCCGCCCACACUACCAUGGACCCACCAUCGGGCGCAACGGCCCCCACUGAAGAUACAAGUCAACCCCCCAAUUGCUGCGACAGCAACGCCAUGGGUCAGGACACAGGGCAGCAGGGCGCCCCUGGCCAGCAGGCGCCCCAUGCCGCCGACCACAAGGCCCCGCGCCCUCCGCCCCAGGACGGCGACCUCCUGGCGCUCAUCGGGCGGGACUUCGCUAACAUGAACGAGAUCAUUGAUACGCUGACCCGGCUGGCGGACAACCCCGAGGUGCUGGCGGCGGUGGACACGGCCGCCCUCGACCUGCACGGCCAGUGCGAGGGCGUCCCGCACCAGGCGCUCGACCCCCAGGCCCAGGUCCGCCAGGUCACCAAGGAGGAGCGAGCGCACCUCCUCGUGGACGAGCUGGACCGCCGCCACCUGCAGAUAGAACGGCGUCAGACUCGCCUCCUUCGCCGCCUGCGCCGCGUCACGGCCCGCGGCCUGGGCGCCUCCGUGUCUGGCCAACUCCGCGAGUUGCUGGACCACGCCCAUGGCGCUCUGGCCAAGCAACGAGAACACACGAGCGCCUCCGAGGAUGGACCCGCUCCGACCAGCGCCCCGGAGGUCGGGGUGGAGGCGCUCCGAGCCGACGCCAUGCGCACUAUGUCUACCUCAGCCUUGGUCAACCUGGUGAGACGCGUUGAAGCUUCCCAAGGGCUGGCCAGGCUUGCGGCUGCCUCCCACCGCCCCCCUCGCAGCCGCCCGCCGACGCCCGCGCCGGCGCUGCCGGAACACACGCGCGCUGAAGUUGCGGCGGUCAGCGCGGAAGUGGAGGCUGCUGCCCAUGCCCAUACCCACCACGACUCUGACGCUACAGAGUCGUCCUCUGGAGGAGAGUCGUGCGAUGAAGGAGACGGAUACAACGACACAAAUACCCAUCACGUCCCUGUGCGUGAGAGAGCGUUGUACCGUUACUGCCGAGCCAGGUCGUGGGUGGCCUCCAGAUGGACGUGGCUACAGGCGCAGGUGGCCGAUUUAGAAUAUAGAAUACUUCAGCAACAAAAAAUAUAUGCGCAUGUACGCAACAAUAAAGGUGCAGUACAAGUGGAAGAAGGGAGUAGAUGGAGAGGGAUGACCUUACGUGACCCAGCUCAUCUAGAUGUCCAUGACCCUGCCCUCACUUGCCUUGCUGCCCCAACCUCCCGCACUACUGUCAAUGGCUAUCAUGGUCGGAUAGAUGACGGUAUCAGCGGGGGUGUCAGCGAUUCUUCCUUCGUCUCGGCUCGUACACAAGGGUUGAGAGCCAUCAAGAGACGACGUUUAGUGAGGGCCGGAGCCGGACUCUGCGCCAGUCACAGGAGAGGAGCUGGGGGAGGCCGUAUUCCAGCAGUGCAAUGCAAGUGUGUCCUACCUUUAACAUGUGUCUUAUGCACACGUCUCCAAGGUAUAGUUCCUCCAACAGCCCCUCCAGACCCAGACACACAGCCCUGGAAUGAGAGACAUGCGCGAGUUGAUCCUACUUUCCAACCAGUUCUCUCUCAACCUGCUGAUGUGUCAUUAUCAGAACGUUUUGAUGCCAUACUGAAAACCACCGAUUGGCAGAGACAGGUUCUGACAGCCAAGACCCUCCAGCCGCUACCUGUUACCAGAACAAACCGGGAAACUUUGCAUGUGGAGAAGAAAAAGAAGAAGGAUAAAGAUCGUAAAAAAGAAUAUAAAAAGCAUAAGAAGGAAGGAAAAGGAAGAAUAACAUUAAAAUUAAAGAAGUCCUUACUAACAGGAGAGGUGGUAAGAGAUGUGGACUACAAAAGAAAACGUAUUUCUGCGCAGGAAGCUUUAUUAGCAAUCAAAAGAGUUCGUGUUGAAGAAGAUGACGACGCUAGCUCUGUGUAUGGGAGCAGCCAUCACUCCUCUCCCUCGGCAAGUCCUGCACCCAUUGACCGGUCGGCUCAUAAAAGACACUCGUCAACUUCUAGCCAAAAAAUGAAACAGAGUACGAGUUCCAAUUCCUAUGACAUAGAUAACAUCGUAAUUCCAUAUAGUAUGGCAGCCUCAACUCGCGUUGAAAAGUUGGAGUAUAAGGAGAUUCCGACUCCAAAAUGGAGGAUAGUUCCCCUUAUACCAAAUAAUGUUCACAGCGGUACUAGUCAAGAAGAUGAGUUUGAGGAAGAUGUCAGUGAAGAAGCGACCCUUGCCAGACACAGCCGUAGCGAAGAAUUGGAGCGCAAGAAGUUCCUUCAACAUCUCCAUAUGCAAGUUACCUCCAGGUCCUCGAGGUCACGACGGACGGACUCCUCAGGAACUAAUACACCAGACCAUCCGUUGUCUCCAAGGCCACCUGAUCCAGCAAGUGACACCAUAUCACCCCUAGCCACUCCUCCCACCACACCUCUAGCUCCUUCGGAAGACUCCAAUCAAUCUUCAUCCCUCUCAGCAGUCCCAGCAGUCUCUAGUGCUUCAGCUUUCCCAACAUCAAGUUUAUCCAUCACUUCUCCCAUGUCUACAUUAUCCAAUAGUACUACACAACUCUCUGGGUAUUCUGGCAAUUCGCAAUCCCAGUCAGGCCAGCUUCUUGUCCACAACUCCCAGCUGGGAGGAUGUAUAUACAACCCCUUAACUUCAUCUACAUCCCAAGCCACAACCACCUCACUAAGCACUGCGCCACUCACCACUUCCACGUCAUCUUCCACUCCAUCUUCACAUCUGCCCGGUAGCCGUCGUAACCGCACCUUCAGCAGUGGAAGCCGAUCUCGGGGAUUCCUUGGCUUGGAUGACAGUUUAACAGAAAGAAUGGAGGGUGUAGUUCCAUAUGAACAACGUGUCUUCCCAUUGAACAAUGCAGAAUAUAUGAUUAUGGUGAGGGAGACAGAUGACUGUGAUAUUGGCCCCCCCAGCCCUCCGUUAGACUCCUCCAGUCAUGAACCCAUCAAUAUGGAAGAGAGUGGGCGUAGCUCUCCAAUGAGUGAGGUUACUGAUUCAGCACCAGAGGAUGAUGGUCAGUUUGAUGAUACUGCUGAACCUAAAUGGACCAUCUCCGGGUUGAAGGAUGCUACUGGGCAAUGUGUGCUGCAGAUUCAUCGCAACUGAUGGUGGCAUACUUGGAAAUUCCAACUUCAAGAACUUAACAGGCAUAAAAAAUGCAUGGGCAAAGCAGAGCUAGAAAUAAGUCCAAAACCAAAGAAAAGGACAAGCAAAGUUUGUUGUUUAGAACUUACGUAUUCUACUUACAAUACUGCACAUGAAGUGUACAGAAAUAUGAAAUACUGAAUCUUCAUAAAGGAAUGUAUAGAAGAAUGUUCAUAAAUGCAUUUAAUAUGGCUAUAGGAAGAACCUUUAAAAGCAUUGAAAGCUUCUUUAUAUAUGCAAUACUACAUGUUCUGGAUUAAGUGAUGCCUUGUAUAAAGUGUGUGAAAAGUACAGUUGGGCAUGCAUCCUCAAGGGAAAAAAUAAAGAUCAUAUGUAGAUGCACUGGUAAAUUAAAAUUAGAAUAGAUAAUGAUGAAAUGUUUAUAUUAAAUUUAUCAUUGUAUUAGUCAUUUGGAUUUUUGUUUUUGAAGAUUAUAAACCAAUCAGAAUGAUAUGAUGAUAAAAAAAAUGAAAAACAAAAAAAGUACAUAUGAAAAAAAACAAAAAAAGUUAUGAGGAACUGCUAAAUUAAACUUGAAAAAUAUAUUAGGAUUGAGAUAUCAUUAGCAAGGUAAGGGGUAUGAAGAAUCACAAGGUUGUUUGCACGUGAGUUAUGAGGAUUCAGCAAGGCUCAGCAAUCUGUGAUUGUUCUUCACUUUUUUCUUUUUUCUAUUUUUCUUUCUUUAUUUUGUAUAAUUUUAACGAGCAAGUGCGUGUGCAAGGUUAGUUCUAGAUAGGUUAGUCAAGACGAUUAAUGGCUGUAGUGUAGGUUGCUUGAAUGAGCAGUUGAGAUAGAUAGUUUAAGAUGUAGACCGGUGGUAGAAGCAUAGAGAGAAUGAUUGAGAAAAGUUAUUCUUUGGAAAGUGUUAUAUGCAUUCAACCUAAUUGAAGUUUUUGUUUAAUGAGCAUCAGAAGAAAUUGUUGUUGCUUUGUAUUAGGCAUUGAAGGCUUAUGUUGGUAAAUUAAGACCUAUAUUGUGCCAUCCAAUCUGGAUUAUUUGAAUGGAAAUAAUGUUACAGGCAGUUGUUUUCUGGUUAUGAAAAGGGAAUUACUUACGUUCUUUAUUGUACUGAAAGUGUUAUCUAUUUUAGUAUUUCAUGGGUGUAUCGUAAAACAGUUUCGAAAGUCUAGAUUUAUGGUACAUGAUUAAUUUAUUGUAUGCACUGCCAAAGAUCAUCCUUAAUUACCAUUUAUAUACCCAGUGAUUCUGAAAGUGGAAAUUUUGUGGUAAGAUGAUCAGUAUGUAUAGGAGUGGAAUAUUCAAACAUACCUGCUUGUAAGAAUCAGGUAAUUUGUCUUGUAGUAACUACGAUAAUCACAAAUUAUCCUGCUAUCAGUAAACAUUAAACCACAUUGACAAGUUUGAUGUAGAAGCUGGGAUGUUAGAACUUAGACAUCAUGAAGGCUGGUGUAUGCUUAGCUGCCCAUUCUAAUAUAUAACUGUAUAUUGAUGCUUUGUCUUAUAAAGGAGACACAAGUGUCAAAUCUUGAUCUGUAUCCUUUGCUCAUUAGUUUGCAACAUGUAAUAGAACGUCAGAAUUAAAAACAAAAACAAAAAAAAAGAAUUGUGUAUUUGCAUGAGGAAAAUAUGGCCUCAAGACUCGUCGGUCCUCUCUCGAAUGUGCUGUGCUUUACCCCUCCAAUGGUUACACAGCUAAUUAUACGCUUAUGUAAUCUGUGUCAUGGACUCUCCCAAUAGCUCAUUGUAAUCUUGUUUGUACUUUUUGUUUCCACUUUCAUAGAAGAAAUGACGUGUUCAUCUUUACUAUUAUUGAAUUGUUCCCUCUCCCUUGUUUUCCUUGAUGUAGGUGGUCACUGUACCUAUUUUUCUGUUUUUAGUCUAGAGGACUAAUAUGAGGUAUUCUUACCAAUUACGUUUUGCUUUGUUUAAAAAUGGUUGCUCCCAUGGGGCCUUGUAAUAAAGUUAUUGUAAAAUAAUGAUAGUGAUUGAAUAUUUGUACCUUUGUCGCCAUUGCCCAUCCAACCCAAACUACUUCUGUAUUUAGUUCACUAAAUUAGACCUGACCCUUACCCCAUUUUUUAAGGAGAAUAUUUAGUUUUUCACUUAUGGUCUGCAUCAUGUGGGGAGGAUGGGUAUAAUGGUAUCAUUGUAAAUAGUGUAUAGGAUCCAAUUUGAACACAAGUAUUGAGAUUGUUCAAUGAUCAAUUGGAAAAUACUUGUUGCCUGAUUGAGAAAGCACUGUCCUAAGUCAUUGAAAAAAGAAAAAAAUAUAUAAACUGU